CCACCUCAACUUUCCGAGACCCGCAGGUUACGUCAACGGUCAACCGAGGUGGCAGAGCGCGGGCCCGUCACACAACUGACUAGCGUUUCCGUCAAACCCCGAGCUGGCCGCCCCGCUGACGACAUCCAUUUUUUAUCGCAACUCGCAGAGGUCCCUUGUUGAGGUUCUGUCUACACCGCGCUGAAGUCGGACACUCGGACUUGGUCUUCACGCGACCGCCGUAGCCAUGUCGCCCCACGGCAUCAACGAUAUGGAACCCCCAGCCGCCCAGAAUGGCUACCAUGACCAUGACGACGAUGCGGUCCCCCAAUUGGUGAACGGCGCUGCCAAUGGCCACGCCAACGGCACUACCAACGGUCCCUCGCGUUCGUCACCACAAGACUUCCCCAAGAGUCCAUAUCUGAGGGCGGCAGAGGCCGAUGCCGUGCUCGACCUGAUCUGCGUCGGCUUCGGGCCGGCCAGCGUGGCGAUCGCGGUUGCGCUCCACGACACGCUGGAGGCCGGCAAGCUGGCGCAGGCGCCGCAGGUGCUGUUCCUGGAGAAGCAGCCGCAGUUCUCGUGGCACGCCGGCAUGCUGCUGCCGGGCGCCAAGAUGCAGAUCUCCUUCAUCAAGGACCUCGCGUCGCUGCGCGAUCCGCGGUCCAACUUCACCUUCCUCAACUACCUGCACCGGAACAACCGGCUGGUUGACUUUGUCAACCUGAGCACCUUCAUGCCGGCGCGCGCCGAGUUCGAGGACUACCUGCGGUGGUGCGCGCGCCAUUUCGAGGACGUGGUCCAGUACCAGCACGAGGUGCUCUCCAUUGCGCCCGUGCACGAGGACGGCCCGCGCCGGAUGUUCGCGGUGACGUCACGCAAUACCAAGACCGGCGCGACCACCACCCGCCGGGCGCGGAACGUGGUGGUGGCCGUGGGCGGGCAGGCGUCGAUUCCGAGCGUCUUCCCUGCACGCCACCCGCGCAUCAUCCACUCGUCGCAGUACGCCCAGCUCGUGCCCAAGAUCAUGAACGACCGCGCGGCGCGGUACCGCGUGGCCGUGAUCGGCGCCGGGCAGAGCGCGGCCGAGAUCUUUAGUAAUUUGCAGACCCUGUACCCGAACAGCAAGACGUGCCUGGUGAUGCGGUCCGAGUUCCUCAAGCCCAGCGACGAUUCGCCAUUCGUCAAUUCCAUCUUCAACCCGGAAUUCAUCGACACCAUCUACCCCAAGUCCUACGCAUACCGCGCCAGCCUGCUCGCCGACGCGCGCGCGACCAACUACAGCGUCGUGCGGCUCGAGCUGAUCGAGCACCUGUUCGAGGUCAUGUACCACCAGAAGCGGACGCUCGGGCCAGACGAGAAGACCUGGCCACAUCGCAUCCUGGCCGGGCGGCAGAUUGUCGGCGUGGAGGAGACGGGCGAUGAUGGAGCGCUGCGUUUGAAAGUCGCGGCGGCUUUGGCUGUCCCGGGGGACCUGCCACAGGAUGGUCCUUACCUAGACGGGGAGGGAGAGGAGGAGGUGGAGGUGGAGGAGAGUCUGGAUGUAGACCUUGUCAUCUGCGCCACCGGCUACAAGAGGACGGCCCAUGUCGACAUGCUCAGGGAUACAUGGCAUCUUCUUCCCGAGGUGGUUGAUGCUGUUGUGGGUGAGAGUGAGAGUCGGAUUCAGAGGGGAGACCGGUGGGUGGUGGAAACCGGAAAGAACGAUCAGGUGAGCACCCGCGUGAUGGAGGUCGGUCGUGAUUAUGGCGUCAAAUUCUCCCCGGGCGCUGUUGCGCCUGGUUCGGGCGUUUGGUUGCAAGGCUGCUGCGAGGCGACUCAUGGUUUGAGUGAUACCCUACUUUCUGUGCUAUCUACGCGAUCUGGGGAGAUGGUGCAGUCUAUUUUUGGAGCGUCGGCGUAAGAGAGAUGGUGGGUUGAUGUUUCUGACAUGAAUAAAAAGGACUUUAAGAUAGGUAGGGGGCGCAUUUUUUGAAAAAAGCAUGUUGUUCUUCUUUUUUUCUUUUUCCGAUGCAGCGUACUAGGAACACACUAGGACAAGAGACCUUUGUCGGUGAAGGAUCUGCUGUAAUUGGACACUCUUGAAGGAGAGCCUGCCCUCGCCCUCGCUUAAGCAGGCAAACCGAUGGUGAGCAGAUGGCUCACAGUGAGCCUCCGAGGGAGGGUUUGGAAUGUUACGUCGGCAAGCCUGAUG